CCAUGAGCUCCAUUGGCACUGGGUAUGACCUGUCAGCCUCUACAUUCUCUCCUGAUGGAAGAGUUUUCCAAGUUGAAUAUGCUAUGAAGGCUGUGGAAAACAGUAGUACAGCUAUUGGGAUCAGAUGUAAAGAUGGUGUUGUGUUUGGGGUAGAAAAACUAGUCCUUUCUAAACUUUAUGAAGAAGGCUCCAAUAAACGUCUUUUCAAUGUUGAUCGACAUGUUGGAAUGGCAGUGGCAGGUUUGUUGGCAGAUGCUCGUUCCUUGGCAGACAUAGCAAGAGAAGAAGCGUCCAACUUUAGGUCUAACUUUGGCUAUAACAUUCCUCUAAAACAUCUUGCAGACAGAGUGGCCAUGUAUGUACACGCGUAUACACUCUACAGUGCUGUUAGACCUUUUGGCUGCAGUUUCAUGUUGGGGUCUUACAGUGUGAAUGAUGGUGCACAGCUCUAUAUGAUCGAUCCAUCAGGUGUUUCAUAUGGUUACUGGGGCUGUGCCAUUGGCAAAGCCAGGCAAGCUGCAAAGACAGAAAUAGAAAAGCUUCAGAUGAAGGAAAUGACCUGCCGUGAUGUAGUUAAAGAAGUUGCAAAAAUAAUUUACAUAGUACAUGAUGAAGUUAAGGAUAAAGCUUUUGAACUAGAGCUCAGCUGGGUUGGUGAAUUAACUAAAGGAAGACAUGAAAUUGUUCCCAAAGACGUAAGAGAGGAAGCAGAGAAAUAUGCCAAGGAAUCUUUGAAGGAAGAAGAUGAAUCAGAUGACGACAAUAUGUAACAUUUCACCAUCCUCUGGUGUCCAUUUCUGUGACAGUUGCAUAUGGCUAGCACCAUGGAUUAUAUAUACCCACUGACCAAUUUUCAUUAAAUUUUGUCUUAUAAACAUUGUUGGGUAAUUGAGGAUAUCUGCGUUAUAUUAAAAUGUAGAUUCAUGUUUGAUUAGAAAUUCUAGGAACUGGGCCUGGAGAGAUGGCUCAGCAGUUAAGAGCUGCUCUUCCAGGGGACAUAGGUUCAAUUCCCAGCACCCGCAUGGCAGCUCACACCUGUUUGUAACUCUAGCUCCAGGUCUCUGACACCUAGACACAGAGGUACUUGCAGGCAAAACACCAAUGAAUAUAAAAUAAAAAUAAAUGAUAUAUAUAUUUACACAUAUAACAAGUAUAUACAAAUAUGUAUAUUAUACAGACACAUGUGUGUGUAUAUACAUAUAAAUUCUUGGUGCUAUUCUGGUGUGGUAGUAUAUGUCUUUAAUCCUAGUACUCUGGAGGCAGAGGCAGGUGGAUCUCUUGAGUUCAAGGCUAGUAUUUAAAAACAAAAACAAAUGUAGUGCCCAGACUAAGGCUGAAAGAUUGAGCCCACAAGUCAAUUUACAAUUCCAUUUUGUUUUAACUAGAAUUAAAAGAAUAAUUUUAGAUUUUUUUUUUCUUUUUUUCAGAGCUGGGGACCGAACCCAGGGCCUUGCGCUUCCUAGGCAAGCGCUCUACCACUAAGCUAAAUCCCCAACCCCUUAGAUUUAUUUUUAUUUUUUGCAUGUUUAUGUAUAUUACAGUGCCAUGCCUGGUGCUCAUGGAGGUCAAAAGAAUGCUUUAAUCUAGAACUAAAGUUAUGGAGGACUGUGAAUCAUGUAUGUUCGAAACUGAACUUGGGUCCUGUGUAAGAGCAACACGUCCUCUUAACCACUGAGCCAUCUCUCCAGCCCUCUUUGACUAGAAUGAUCAUAUUCUACUGUGGUUCUUGUAUAAUGUUUUGUUUAAUGUAGGGAUAUCCUGUAACCACUAUUGAGGACUAACCUGCCUUUUGUGGAAAAUGUGACAUAUUCUAAUUUGACAUCAAUACAGACAACAUUUAUUUUCAGACUGCAUAAAUAUCUUAUGACUGGAAAUUAUCUUGAUAUUGGCACCUGAAACAAAAACUUAAAAGUUCCAAACUGGGCUUAAAUAUUUCAUGUAAUAAAAUGUUUAUAGUACUUAUCUGA